CAAAGUAAAAACACAUUAAUUAUGAGUGAUUACAAAAUUCCCAAAAUUAAUCUCACCAAAUUAGCCAAGCACUCAAAUUCUUGGGUACCAUUAUGCAAUGAGGUUCGACAUGCCCUUGAAGAACAUGGUUAUUUUAUAGCACUAUAUGAGGAUGCUAAUAAUAAAAUUUCGAAGGAAAUAUUUGAUGUAAUGGAAGAAUUAUUCGAUCUCCCCAUCGAAACAAAGAGAAAAAACACUUCAGACAUAUACUUCUAUCGUUACAAAGGCCAAUUAUUAACCGCUCCUCUUCACGAAAGCUUUGGAAUCCCACAUCCAACUGAUGCUGAAGCACUUCAAAGCUUCACUACACUUAUGUGGCCACAAGGCAACCAAAGAUUUUGUGAAACAAUGACAUCGUACAUAAAGGUAGGAGCAGAAAUAGAACAGUUGGUUGAUAAAAUGGUGUUUGAAAGCUACGGAUUACCAAAAAAGCACUAUGAAUCUCAUGUUGCAGCUACUACAUACCUCCUCCGCCCUACCAAGUACAGAGCAGCACCUGCUGGGGCGGAGGACGGUAUUGGUAAUGUAGGUUCCAAUAUACAUACAGAUAAAGGCUUCUCAGCGGUUCUAUUUCAGAAUCAGAUAAAUGCUUUGCAAAUCGAAACAAAAAGUGGGGAGUGGAUACCUAUUGAUGUACCUCCAUCUGCCUUUGUCUUCGUGGCUGGUGAUGCUUAUGAGGCAUGGAGUAAUGGAAGAAUAUAUUCACCGAGACACCAAGUGUUGAUGAAAGAGGAUAAAGAAAGGUAUACAUUGGCGUUAUUCACAUUCAAUAAAGGAAUAACAGAUAUACCUGAGGAAUUGGUGGAUGAAACACAUCCUAUACAAUACAAGCCUUUUGAUAAUUUUGAUUUAGUUAUGUACUACAGUACUGGUGCUAGCCCCAUGGCUUAUGGCACUGCUAAACCUUAUUGUGGUAUUAAUGCUCAAUAGCUUACCUAUUUUAUUAUAAAUAAUAUGAGUUCAAACCAGUUUUAAGA